UCUCUGCUCUGCCUUUUCCAGCCAGGACCGACUGCCAAAAGGACCUGUGGCCGCCCCGUCUCCUUCCUCUCUCCACAGACCCCCUUUUGUUCGCCCGCCAUGGACCCCAAUGCCAUCAAGGAGGAGCUGCGCCUGUUCCAGAGCACCCUGCUUCAGGACGGGCUGAAGGAGCUGCUGAAUGAGAACAAGUUUGUGGACUGCACCCUGAAAGUGGGCGACCGCAGCUUCCCCUGCCACCGGCUGAUCAUGGCCGCCUGUAGCCCUUACUUCAGGGAGAUCUUCUUCACCGAGGACGGGAAGGAGGUGGAGAACACCAAGGAGGUGGUCCUGGAGGAUGUCAACCCUUCUGUCCUGGACAUGGUCGUCCAGUACCUCUACUCGGCCGAGAUUGACCUCACCGAUGACAACGUCCAGGAUAUAAUUGCUGUGGCGAACAGAUUCCAGAUCCCUUCUGUGUUCACGGUGUGUGUCAACUACCUUCAGAAGAAGUUGUCCUUGACCAACUGCUUGGCCAUUUUCAGGAUGGGCCUGGUGAUCAGCUGUCCUAGGCUCGCUGUGGCGGCGCGCAACUACAUCGCCGACCGCUUCGAACUCCUCUACCAAAACGAGGAGUUCCUCCAGCUCGCCGCCCACGAACUGUUCGCCGUCAUCGGUGGAGACUCGCUGAACGUGGAGAAGGAGGAGCUGGUGUUCGAGACGGUCAUGGCCUGGGUCCGCCACGACAAGGAGCGUGUCAAGGUCCUGAAGGAUGCGUUCAACUGCGUCCGCUUCCGCUUGCUGCCGGAGAAGUACUUCAAGGACAAAGUGGAGACCGACGAGAUCAUCAAGGCCGACCCGGAGCUCCAGAAGACGAUCCAAGCCGUCAGGGAUGCCUUCAAGGGGAAGCUUCCAGAGACGCCCAAGAAGGAGGAUGGGGAGGAGGGGGCAGACGCGGAGGGAGGCGAGGUGGACAGCCUAUUCCCCGGCUUCCUGAAUGACAGCCGCAGACACGGCAUGUACGCGCGUGAAUUCAUCGUCAUGAUCAACGACACGGCGGCAGUGGCGUACGAUGUCAGCGAGAACGAGUGCUACCUGGCGGCCAUGUCGGAGCAGGUGCCGCGUAACCACGUCAGCCUGGCGUCACAGAGGAACCAGCUCUACCUCAUCGGAGGACUGUUUGUGGACGAGGACAACAAAGAUGUACCGCUGCAAUGUUACUUCUAUCUGUUGGAUCCACUCACAUCUGAGUGGGUCGCCCUGCCGCCCAUGCCUUCCCCUCGAUGCCUCUUCAACGUCGGAGAGAGCGAGAACCUGCUGUUCGCCGUGGCGGGAAAAGACCUCCAGACCAACGAGUCUCUGGACACCGUGAUGUGCUACGACGUUGAGAAGAUGAAGUGGAGUGAGACCAAAAAGCUUCCUCUGAAGAUCCACGGCCACGCUGUCGUCUCCCACAAAGGAGUGGUCUACUGCAUCGGAGGAAAGACGGAUGACAACAAAGCCCUCAGCAAGAUGUUUGCAUACAACCACAAGCAGUCAGAGUGGAGGGAGCUGGCGGCCAUGAAGACGCCCAGAGCUAUGUUUGGGUCCAUCAUCCACAACGGCAAGAUCGUGGUGGCUGGUGGAGUGAACGAGGAGGGCCUCACCGCUUCAUCUGAAGCAUAUGACUUCGCGACAAACAAGUGGGAGGCCUUCGCAGAUUUUCCCCAAGAGAGGAGCUCCGUCAACCUGUUGACCAACGGCGGCUCGCUGUACGCCGUGGGCGGCUUCACGAUGGUUCAGGAGGAGAACAAGGAGGUGGUCCCCAUGGAGGUCACUGACGUCUGGCAGUACGAGGACGAUAAGAAGCAGUGGAGCGGGAUGCUGAGGGAGAUGCGUUACGCUGCCGGCUCCUCCUGUGUGUCCAUGCGCCUCAACGCUGCCAGGAUGCCCAAACUGUAGACAGAACUAUGUUCUUUCUUUCUUAACCCCCCCCCCCUGCAUCAACACCUCCUGACACCCACCUCAUCCCCCAGCGAGCUGCCUCCGAGGCGUCUCAUCCUCGGCACUCAGAUUCCUGUGUGCCGAGUUGAUCUUUGACAUAAAUCUUUCUCUGAACUCAGAUGAUUUGAUUUCAAUCUGUAAACACUCGCUCCUGCUGCUGCUUCAAAGACUGUAUUAAAGGAAAAAAAACACUCUUUAGAUUGAUCUAUAAAGCUGUUUACACCAUUUCUAGCAUUUUCUUUUUCUUUUGUAAAAUAAACAUUUGUAAACUUCUGCUUCUUUUACUCUUCCUGACUUUGUGUGAUCUACAGAAAAGUGACAUUACAGAGCCUGUAUCAACACGUCGAGGGCGGCCGAGGCAGAGGAGAUGUAUAUUUUGUCGGCUUCUUUGUACUUUCAGGUAAACAAGGAAAUGGAGCUGGGUUAAUAGCAGGUACGUAUUAACACUUAAACGCAGCAUAAUCAUCUUCCACGCCUGCGUCAACAUGACGGCGGGCGACUGCGGGUCAAGUUCAAGAAGUGGAGACGACAAAACGUGACCUGGAAACGUUGAGGUAUGCCUACGCAGUACACACUGAAUCCCAACGGUGUCUUUCACAUGUUCUUACACUUACGGUCACAGGAGGAUGACAC